UAAAUACAUUAUGAAAUCACUAUUGAUUUUAAUAGUACUGUAUACUAUUAAUUAUAUUGAAUCGGUCGAUAAAUGUCCGGCCGGUUGGGAUGUAUACGAUGAUCAACUAAAAUGUUUGAAAAUAAUUGAAGAUCCAUUGGUAACCUAUGCUAAAGCUGUGGAAAUGUGCGGAAAACUGGCUCCGGGAUCAACACUAUUGACUAUACAUUCCCGAGGGGAACAGGACUACCUAAAUAACUACCUAUAUGUCCAACAUGGUGUAGUCGAUACUAUAUGGUUGGGUGGUAAACUUAGUAACAAUCAGAUGACCUGGCAAGAUAAUAGUCCGGUUAACUUUACCAAUUGGUACCCGGGUGAACCGCAAAAUUCUGAUACAGUUGACUGUGUGGAACAACAUGUCGAACCAACCAUUCAGGGUAAAUGGUAUGAUAUUGAUUGUCUAAAACAUAAUCAAGUUGUUUGCCAAUUGAAACAAACACUACCGCCACCAACACUACCGCCAACACUACCGCCAACACUACCGCCAACACUACCGCCAACACUACCGCCAACACUACCACCAACAUCAACACCAGUUGAUCUUGAACAAUUAAUUAGGUCGUUAGAAAAUUAUACGGAAAACCUGCAACAACAAAUCAAUGAAUUGGCAAAUAAUUUAUCUAGCCUCGAACAGCAACAACAUGGUCAAGUAUCUACAACUACCGUUCCCAUAGGCUAUAUCUAUGUACAACUAUCUGGUCAACUGAAAGCCGCCGAUUUAUGGCCGCCGCCAAUUAAAUGGCAAGAUAUUACCGCCCAAUACGCGGGUUUGUUUUUCCGAGCCGAAGGCCAAGGUUCGGCACCGUUUGGUCAGAUACAGGCGGCCAAUUCCACCCGGUUGUCAACUAUCCGAACAUGGUCAUGCUAUACGGGUGACCAUGGUAGCCAAUGUGAUACCUAUACGACCGAAAUUGCUGAAACCGGUUGGAGUCAGGAAAUUGUUCGCAAAGAUUUUGCUAACGAUAUGUAUUUCUAUAUGACUUCCGGUGAGAAUCGGCCCCGAAAUCAGGCCAUCCGUAUAUUCAAACGUAUUGCUUGAACAAUACAGAAGCGGGAGGGGAG